GCGGGCGUGGUGGUUGUGGUGGGGGUCGUGGUGGUCUGCCUGGUGGCGGUCCUGCUGGUGGUCGUGGUGUUGGCGAACGUGCUGGUCGUGGCCGCGGCGGUCGCGGUAAGCGUGGCUGCGUUACUUUGCGCGCCCAGUUGCUCCGUGGUGGUCGUGCUGGUGGGCGUGGUGGUCGUGGGGAGGAUUUUGGCGGUGGUCGUGCUAGACGUGGCUGUGGCCGCUGGCGCCUGGUCGUGGUAG